GACGUCUACCGGGUUGUGGGGCUCUUCAGGGAAUUAGGAGAAGCCCCGCCAUGGACCCACCACCAUCACCGAGCCAGGCUCCCCAGCCCCAGCCGGCAGCCUCCACGCCACUGACCUCCUACCGCUGGCACACAGGGGGCAACGGGGAGAAAGGGGCUGGAGGGUUCCGUUGGGCCCGCCUGGCAGCCUGGGGAAGGGCGCUGAGCCACCAGGAGCCCAUGGUGAGUCCCCAGCCAGCCUCUCGCUCGCUGUUCCGUCGGGUGCUGUCUGCACCCCCCAAGGAGUCACGAACCAGCCGCCUCCGACUCUCCAAGACCCUCUGGGGGAAACAGAAGACCCCACCACUGGAGCCAGAACCAGAGCCAGACACCCCAGGUACGUGGCUCUCCCCCCUUCCCCCACUGGAGCCCACUGUCCCACAGAUUCCCGAGGCACCCACUCCUGAUGCACCUGUUUGGGACAUCGGCAGCUUUACCCUGCUGGACGGGAGGCUGGUGCUAUUUGGCGGGGAGGAGGAGGGUCUUCGACGGCCCCGGGUGGGAAGUGCCAGCUCCGAAGGCAGCAUCCAAGUGGCCAUGGGGAACUACAGAGACCCAGAUCGGAGCCUCGGAAGGACCGAGACGGAGACCGCUAACCCCAACCAAGUGCACAAUGUUAGGGGAUUGCUCAAGAGGCUGAAAGAGAAGAAAAAGGCCAGGUCUCCCAGUGCUUUAGGCUCUAGGGAAUCGCUGGCCACGCUCUCCGAGCUGGACCUGGGCGCCGAGAGGGACGUGCGAGUCUGGCCGCUGCAUCCCAGCCUCCUGGGGGAACCCCACUGCUUCCAGGUUACAUGGGCAGGAGGGAGCCGCUGCUUCUCCUGUCGCUCUGCCGCUCAGAGAGACCGCUGGAUCCAGGAUCUUCGUCGUCAGUUCCAGCCCAGCCAGGACAACGUGGAGCGGGAAGAGACGUGGCUGAGCGUGUGGGUGCACGAGGCGAAGGGGCUGCCCCGGACGGCGGCGGCCGCGCCCCCGGGCGUGCGCGCCGAGCUGUGGCUGGACGGCGCCCUGCUGGCGCGCACCGCACCGCGCGCCGGCCCAGGCCCGCUCUUCUGGGCCGAGCGCUUCCACUUCGAGGCGCUGCCACCGGCGCGGCGCCUGUCGCUGCGGCUGCGUGGCUCCGGCUCCGGCUCCGGCUCCGGGGCUGCGGCGCUGGGCCGCGUGGCGCUGGAGCUGGAGGAGCUGGCCGUGCCCCGCGCGCCAGCCGCCGGCCUGGAGCGCUGGUUCCCGCUGCUCGGGGCGCCGGCGGGCGCGGCGCUGCGGGCACGGAUCCGGGCGCGACGCCUGCGGGUGCUGCCGUCUGAACGCUACAAGGAGCUGGCGGAGUUCCUCACCUUUCACUACGCGCGCCUCUGCGGGGCGCUGGAGCCCACGCUACCUGCUCAGGCCAAGGAGGAGCUGGCAGCCGCCAUGGUGCGCGUGCUGCAGGCCACGGGACAGGCGCAGGCUUUGGUGACAGAUCUGGGCACCGCCGAGCUGGUUCGCUGUGGAGGCCGUGAGGCGCUGCUGUUCCGGGAAAACACAUUAGCCACCAAAGCCAUCGACGAGUACAUGAAGCUGGUGGCCCAGGAUUACCUGCAGGAGACCCUGGGGCAGGUCGUGCAGCGUCUCUGUGCCUCCACUGAGGACUGUGAGGUGGACCCCAGUAAAUGUCCUGCCCCGGAGCUGUCCCAGCACCAGACCAGACUCCGAAACAGCUGUGAGGAGGUCUUCGAAACCAUCGUCCACUCCUACGACUGGUUCCCGGCAGAGCUGGCCACCGUGUUCUCAAGCUGGCGAGAAGCGUGCAAAACUCGCGGCUCUGAGGCGCUGGGUCCCCGACUGGUGUGUGCCUCCCUCUUCUUGCGGCUCCUGUGCCCCGCCAUUCUGGCACCCAGCCUCUUUGGCCUGGCCUCAGAACACCCGGCACCCGGCCCAGCCCGCACCCUCACGCUGAUCGCCAAGGUCAUCCAGAACCUCGCCAACUGUGCCCCGUUUGGCGAGAAGGAAGCCUACAUGGGUUUCAUGAAUGGUUUCCUGGAGGACCACGGGCCAGCCAUGCAGCGCUUCCUGGAGCAGGUGGCCAUGGUAGAUGCCGGCGCAGCCCCCAGUGGUUAUCAAAGCAGCAGCGACCUGGCGCUCCAGUUGGCUGUUCUGCACGCGCAGCUCUGCACCAUCUUUGCAGAGCUGGACCAGACCACUUGUGACAGCCUAGAACCCCUGCCCACCAUCCUGCGAGCCAUCGAGGAGGGCCGGCCUGUGCCUGUGUCUGUGCCGAUGCGUCUCUUACCGCCCCCAGCCCAGGUCCACUCCAGCUUGUCCGCAGGGGAAAAACCUGGCUUCGUGGCCCCCCGGGACCUCCCAAAGCACACGCCCCUCAUCUCCAAAAGCCAGUCCCUGCGCAGCUUUCUCGGCGCGGGGAGCUGGGCCCGGCCGCGGCCCGAUGAGGACCGACUCCCGCGGCGGCAACGGCCGGUGCAACGCACGCAGAGCGUCCCUGCCCGGCGCCCCGCCCGCCGCCGCCCGUCUGCAGGACCGCGGACGCGCCCCAAGGACUCCCUGCACUCCAGCGCCGCGCCCCGCGGCAGACCCCGAAUCGGGGCUUCGGCUUCGCUGCCUCGGAAGCCGUCGGUGCCCUGGCAGCGCCAGCUGGACCAGCCGCGAGAUCGAGACCACGCACCGGACACGCCGCGACCCCUGGGCAAGCUGACGGAGCUUCAGGGCGAGGUGGCCGCCCUGCGCGAGGAGCAGAAAGCGCUGGCCCGCCUGGUGGAGUCGCUGAGCACCCACAUCCGGGCCUUGACAGAGCAGCAGCAGCAGCUGCGGGGCCAGCUGCAGGACCUGGACUCCAGGCUCCGCGCUGGGAACUCAGAAUCGGAUCCUGAGCAUGACUUUCCAAGCAGGGAGAGUCACAGGCUGAAAAAUCUGGAGCGCCGACUGGCUGAGAUGGAGACCUUUCAGACCCACUUGGGAGACGCUGUCCAGCGCCUACAGCAUCCAAGGACGCCAUGCUCCCAGGGCCAGCCCCUGUCCUUCAAAGCAGCGUGUGUCAAUGGAGGCACUACUUGAGCCACCCCUCCACGGGGACCUUGAGCAGAGAUUGACGUCUCGGGCGGCGUCCAAUGCACCCAGCUUCAGCCUUCAGGGUAGUGUGGU